GCUGGGCGACACCUGCCAGCACGAUAUGGACUGUUCCGAUAGCCUGAAAGGGAGCUACUGCACCCUGGAGGGUGUCUGCGAGUGUAGUCCAUUCUACGUGCGUCUCGACGACUCUACCUGUCUGCCGUCACAACUACUGGAAAGCGAAUGCCGGCUGUCGGAGCAGUGCUCGAUGCGGGUCGCCAACAGCAGCUGCAUCGAGGGCCGCUGCCAGUGCGACGGUGGCUUCCUGCAGUUCCGCAAACAUACCUGCCUUUCGCCCGCUCAGCCGGGAACGGUCUGCUACAGUCACGCGCACUGCCGUAUGUGGGACGACGAAAGUCAUUGCGAUUUUCUGAUCCCGAACCUGUUCGGCCGUUGCCAGUGUACGGCACCGGCGCGCCAAAAUGGGCCGACCUGCGUGAUGGAGCCCGAGGUACCGGAGGUACUCGAGGAGCCCCAAGUGCCCGAGCAGGCCGAGGAACAGCAGCAGGAGGAGCAGCAGCAGCAGCAGGAAGCGGUUCAGACACCUUCCGAAGAGGCGCAGACACAGGGUUCGAUCGAUCGGAUGUCAACCACGACCGAGGACGAUGUGAUCGAGGUGGAAAGCAUAGUGCUGCGGGAUGAUGCAUCAUCGCUAGACGAUGCGGGUAUGAGUGCGGCCGAGAACCACAUUACGACCGAGUACAACCAAGGAUCCAGCACCGAGUCAAGCGAACGGUCAGAAGCAGAUGAGGGAACGACUAUGACGGACUUUAUCGAGAUCACCACCGGUGACGACACAACCGAACGUACAACGCAUGAGACGGGAUUCCAUACGACCACCAGUGGUAUGGAGCAGUUCGAAAGCACCGACGAGUACACGAACCUGGAGCGUGAAGUGGAGGAACAGUUUAAGCAACAGGAACUGGCCGAUGCCCUUUCGACGACAACGGCCGCAGCCUGGGCGAACGAGAUUGCUGAUGCCAUAACCACGGAAGAACGCCGGGAGCACGACGAUCCGGCCACCUCUACGUCGACCACGCUGGAGUUUUCUGUUCAAUCGCAAACCGGACCUGCGGAAACGACACUCCGUACGGACUCCACGUCCAGUGAGGACGCCGUGACCGAGGAAAGCGAACCAGAAUCCGAUGACACCGAGAAUGAGGUCGAGUUUUUGGGACAAGAUCAUGAAACUGCUUCGCCGGAAGUGGAUAAUCAACAAGCCGCUUCGCUGAAACAGGAAGAGGACGUAGCCACGGCACCGACGACUCACGGCCACGGAACGGAACGAUAUGACGAAAUGACUUCGGCGGCACUCGUAGCAGAACAGGAAACGGACUCGGGUGUCGGGGCGGAUGCGACAGAUGAGCCAUCGACCAGCGAGCCCGUGGAGCAGUACUACGAUGUGCAGUUGCGUCGCCAGGAUUCGAAACUGUUUGACGAGGACGAACCGGAGGAAACGCCGGUCGAACAGCAGGUGCCAAGUGUUAAGGAACGAUCUGGACCGCGUGAAACGACCGUACACUUUGAGCGAGAUAAUGAAAUCAUUAGCUCGGAGCCGGCCGUCCAUACGACGACGGAAACGUUGCUGCGCUUGGCCAGUCGAACGACGGCCAUGGAACCGGAGGCCCCGCUUUCGACGACCGUUGCCUCGGUACUCCAGGAAGCCAGCACAACGACCACGACCACAACGACGACGACGACGACGACGACUACGACGACAACAGCGGCACCAACGCGGCGUGCAAUUACUACAGGUGACUUGCCUUCUGUUUCCUCAGGAAUACGCACUCGGGUGGAUUUGGGUGAUGGUCCCGUUUCGCUUGGCCUAGCUUGUGCCAGCAACGAACAGUGCCAGCUGGCCGAUCCUUACUCACAUUGCAACGAAGCCGGACGCUGCGAUUGUUCCUUCCACCAGCCAGACGAUUCAUGCCGUGCCACCAACACCGGUUGCUCUCGCGGAACGUUCCAGUGCCGUUCGAGUGGCAUCUGCAUCAGUUGGUUCUUCGUGUGCGAUGGCCGACCAGACUGCAGCGAUGCAUCGGAUGAGGAGUGCAGCUUUGCGACGAAAUCGGCCAACGGAACCCUUCAGAAGACGCAGUUUGGCUGUCCGGAGCUAUCGUUCCGUUGCGAACAGAGCGGACGCUGCAUCUCGCGUGCCGGUAUCUGCGAUGGCAAGACGCAAUGCCCGCACGGAGAGGAUGAGGUCGGUUGUGAUUUCCGGAAGUCCCGCAAAUGUCCCGAGCACACCUUCAUGUGCCGUAGCGGCGAGUGUCUCCCGGAGUACGAGUACUGCAAUGCGAUCGUUUCCUGCCGCGAUGGUAGCGACGAACCACCGCAUCUCUGCGGUUCCCGUGCCGUACCGAACUUCUUCGUGAAGCUGCUCAGUGGACCGACGGCCCGGGGACGCAACUAUUGUCCGAUGCGGUGUGGCAAUGGACGCUGCCGUUCGACCGCCAUCGUUUGCUCGGGCCGUGACGGAUGCGGUGAUGGUAGCGAUGAGGAUCGGUGUUCCGUUUGCCGAUGCCCGGCGCCAGCCUACAAUAACGUCCUGCAAUCCGCCAUCGUGCCAGCCACCGUUGUAUCGAAGCCAGGCCGAAGUAGGACGAGCCGCAUCACCAGUGGCCGUUGGACCAGAACAUAG